GCUAUAUCUCCUGACAUAGAAGAAGAAUGGAAGAACAAGGAAAUAAGCUAUCUACAAAAAAUAGAAGAAUUAAAGAUAGCUGCCGGAAUAACAGAAACAGCAAAAAUUGAAGAAAUGAAACGCGAUAUUGCAUUCCUCAAUUCCAUUAUCGCUGAACAGUUUAAAAAGGAGCAGGAUAUGAAAAAACAGAUAGCUAUCCUCAAUGGGAUACCUGCAAAUCAAAUAUUCAUGGAAUUGCAACGCAAAACAUUUCGUGAUUUACCGCCACGACUUUACUGCGAUAUGUGUGAGGUUUUUGACUUACAUGACACCACUGAUUGUCCAGAACAGGCAUUAGAUAUAAUGAAAAAUGGAAUUCAUGAAAAUGUUCAUAAAGUCCGACCAUCUCCGCGAGCUUACUGCGAAGAGUGUGAAGAAUUUGGUCAUGAUAUUGAAUGUUGCCAGAAAAGACAAACCGAAAAGUCUGAGGCGAAAGAUUGCACAUUUUGA